UAUUUACAUGUUUUAUUGUAAAAUGCUACAUUAUAUAUUGGAUUUAUGCACCAGAGGCAAUAUGUGCACCAUUAAAAGAUAUUCAGUUUUUACGAAAAUUGUAUCAAUAUAAAGAUAUUGAUCAAAAUAUCUCUGAGAUAGCUAUUGGAAAGUUAGUCAAUCAUUUAUACUAUUUAACAAACGAAUGUGUAGCUUUUUCAUUGUUUGAUGAUAGUAUAAGUGUUGAUACUAAAAUCAAAAUGGUAGAACAAAUGACAACACUUGCUGAAAUUGACGAAGACAACAAAGACUACCAAAUAAAAAAGCUGUCUUUAAAUUUAAAUCAAGUACCUUUAUUUUUAGAAAAAUGUGAUGAUGAUGUAUUAAUAUCCCUGUUUAAUGGACAUUCAAAAAAUAUUUUUCAACGAUACAAAAUUAAAAAUUUUUUACAUAUACACCCAUCUCAGUGGUCAAGCUCUCGCGAAUACCAACAAGGUAAACAAAUUAUUAAGGAGCUAAAAGUAGUAAACGAUUCAGCUGAAAGGGGCAUAAAACUUAUACAAGAUUUCAAUAAAAGUAUAACAAGAAACGAAUCACAAAAACAAUUCUUGUUACAAGUGGUACAAGAUUACAGAACUCAAUAUCCUCAGGCGACAAAAAAAGUUUUGAAUCAGGCGUAUAAUAAAUAAAUUCUUUGAUUUCAAUAGUAAAUCAUAUAGAAUAUAUACAUAUGAAUAUAACUGCAUUUUUAUUAUAAUUAUUUUUUUUUUAAGUGUUGUUUUGUAAAAGUAUUGGGCAAUUAUUUUAAAUAUUUUUAUAAAUUUUUCAAAAACUAUCAGUUUUAAAGGAAAUUAUCUAAUAACAUUUUUUAUUUAAAAUAUCAUUUUAAACAAAUUUAUGUUUAAAAUUUUUUUUGUAAUGCGAAAAUUAAACCAGAUAAUUACAAAAAACCAAAUAGUUGGAAGUUUUCA